CUUACAUAAUAAUUUAGAUAACUUUGGUAAAUUUAUAAAUUCACAAACUUCUACAAGUCUACAAAUUUCAAACAAUUAUCUGAGUCAAGUCUCUUUCUCCAGAAAGCUUUGCACUCAAGUAUACUAGCUACUUAAUGUAUAAAAUAUUGAGUGAAUUUAUAGCGAUUGUUCGGAUGAGUCUGUAAGAUGUAGUUCCUAAUCACUGAUCUACGCCACUGAGAUCCAGCGAGCGUGCUGUAACGAUAAACGCGUUCCGCUCCUUCUAGUCAGUACGUUCGUGGCAACCCGACACGUUGGUCGCUUUUUCUUUCUGCGCUUCGGAAUACCUUCGAAACGUUUCUCUUUCAUCCGAGACUCGAACUGCAAAGACGUUGCAUUAGUACUUGAUCUUCACUUUCAUUGAAUAGAAGAGAAACCUAGCAAAUCUGGAAGAGAUUGUAAUAGAAAAGAAAGAGGAUCGAUGGGAGAGGCGAGGGACGGAAGAUCCGAAUCUCUCUGUGGUCCUACCUUGGAGGGGAAGAAACCCACCUGACAGGUUUUAAAGAGGGCCAGUAUCGGGAUACGGGACAUUUAACGCAGGCCAUUGUGGAUCUCCCUGCAUGAGAGGAACCAUUAAUUAUUGCAUUGAACAGAGAAGAUAAAAAGAGUAAUUAAAGAGUUAUCUGAGUGGAGGAGAUUAGUGAAAUCCGCAGUGUUUAUCUCAAGGUUGGAUCCGCGUUUUCAAUGCCGAGCUGACCUAACGAUUAUAUCAUAGCAGAAAAAUAAGAUGCAAGCACGUGGUUGACACAUGCAUUCCGUUGAUUGAGACUCGAAGAUGACUUCAAUGUUGCCUGAAGAGACGAAGAUGAAGGGGAAGCUGAACGACGUCCAUGGGAAAGAGGAGGCCCGCUCCUUCCUGAGCUUCUCCAGGGAGAACCUGAGCAUUUCGCAAUCAGAGUUGGAACAGGGAUUCAACAAGUAUCGCUUUCGACCUACCAGGAACACGGUCUUGAGCAUCGCGGCUCUGUCGAUCGCCCUUCUUUGUCUGGGCCUUGAAAGUUGGAAGUUUCAUUGGUCCACGGUGAACGCGCGCGAAAUUAAGGAGCUGAAGAGGAGUGUGGAGAACCUGAAGAAUCGUUUCCUGGAGAAGGAUCUCUUAGACAAGGUGAAAGCCUUCGAGGAACAGUUAAACGCCGAAGAAUCCGAAGAUUACGUAGAAGCAGAAAUCGGCAACGCUGAUUACGAUUCGAAUUACGAUGAAGACCUUUCGACCCACGACUAUUCAAUGGAUUAUCACACAGCUCCAACGUUUGGCGCGAGACCAUCUGACUUUCCAGAUUCCUCAUCCACGAUUGCACCUGUGCCUUCUCCUCCAGAAGCCACUUUUAAUAAAGCGGUGAUGAAGUUGCUGAAGUUCGAGAUCAAGCAGGAUUCAAAGAAGAAUUCUCGGGAGAGUCACAGGAAGGAUCGUCAUCAGGAGGAUCGAAAAGUCCUGGAAAAGAAAUUGGAGGAUCAAAAGAAUAGUACGAAAGAAAAACGCGAUGUAGAGAGGGUAAAAAGAUUUUUGGACGAUUGGAAGGCAAGCCUGAAACGCAAAAGAUCGACCGAGGAGCAGGAUGCUUCUAGGGAGUUAACUAUUAAUCGGAAUCGUACCUCGAAUUUCCAUGAAAAGUCGAGAGAUAAAACAGGAAGCGGCAAAGAUUCGACCCUGACCGAAUCAUCGAAAAGACACACUCCGAAGAAGUACUAUACUCGUUCGCAGGACGCAUUUUCAUUGAGGAUGAAAAAUAAUUCUAUCACGCAUCAGCCAAAAAGAUCAUCGCGUCGUCUUCGCAAGAGUUUGUCUGAGCCCCGACAGAUUUUCGCUGUUCAUUACGGUGGUGACAGGCACGGUUUUACGUCGAAGGACCAGCAUACCGGAAAUGGAAGAAUUCGACAUGCAGGAAAGGUGUUCACGUCCUGGAAACCUAAUGAUUGGGUACAGGAUCUUGGGAUGGAUGAACAUUUCAGGUUGAUGAAGAAUGGCAGCGUUGUUGUAUACAAAUCUGGCUUGUAUUUAGCGUACGCACAAAUUCAUUAUAAAGAUGACCAUGAGGAGGUUGGAUUUCAUUUAGUGGUGAAUGAUGAGCCCAUCUUACAGUGCGUGAUCGACAACUCAGGCAGAUCACGCAUGAACAGUCAAUCCUGCUUCUCAGCGCAGGUAACGAGACUCAACAGGGACGACGUUGUGGUUCUACAAGAGAUCGGUUCGCCGAAGUACGCCCUCUUCAAUGCAGAGAAUAGUUUCUUCGGAUUAGUGAAACUGGGAGAAUUUCACAACUUGAAAAGAUCAGUUUAACAAUGACUAUGAAAUAUCUAUUAUAGCUUACUGUAAUCAUACUUUUAGGAUAAACGGACCUCUUAAAGAGCGACGCUCUUUACUCUAGGAAGUAAUUUAUUGAGCUACUUGAUGUAAUAGACAUUAACGCUACCACGUUGACGCUAAAAUAGUUCUAGUAAUUAUAAUAAUUCUAGUCUAUCGUGGUAUCUGUUAAGUAACAUCAAAAUUUAUAACUGAGGACCUUUGCGUUCAACUAAGAUUCCAAAUAUGAGUGAUACGUUAAAGCUGUUACAUGUUGCUCUCAAUGGGAACCAUAAAUGCAUGCUGUAAAUAAUUUCUUACGUUUUAUUAUUAAAGGAUUUCGUAAGCUCUACGAUUUUCUACAGAGUCCAAAGAAAGCGAGAACGUAGCUAGAUUUUGUAACAGAUAUGUAACUGAACAAAAUAAAACUUUGCGAUUAAACAUUUACAUCUUCA